UUGGAUUGGAGAAUUUUUUUUGACAAUCAACGAACACAUUUUGGCGAUCUGGUGACAAAACAAAACUACGACGACUUGGAAAUAUGUUAGUUUUGGGUUUUUUGCGGGAAAUGAAAAUGGGCGGGACCUUUUUGUGUAAAAAAAGGGGUUUUUUGUCUGAUGGUCAAUUUUUUUUCGGAAAAUGGGCGGAUUCGAUUUUUGAACUAUUGAACUCAUUGCAAAAUCAUAUCUCAUUAUGUAAAACUGGAUGCUUCUACAGAACAUUUAUUUCAAAAUAUAAAUUGAGUUUCUUGAUUCAUAUUUUCUUGAUUAAAGUUCGCAGGUUUUUGCAGAAAUCCCCCGUUUCCGCUUAUUUGUUUUAAUUACAUGGUGUGGAGAGAAAAACGCCCCACCGUAAUCUUGAACUAUUUCUAGAGACAACAUCAUUUUAUUUUCUCUCGGCUUCCAAUUAAAAUCGAGAAAAUAAAAUUUUAUUUUGAUCUACCCGCUAAAAUUCUUUGCAAAACUAAACAAGUUUCGAAAUAAAAAAUUUCAAAAAAAAAUUGAAGUUCUUUUUCCCUCUUCGUGUGUUCAAUAAGUAAGUCAAAUAAAUUGUUUUUCAGCAGUUGUCACGUUUUACACACCAUCUGAAAGCGAUCAACACCAAACAACACCACCAAUCAAAAAGAUAUGAGUGAACUUGAUCAACUUCGACAAGAGGCUGAGCAGCUCAAGUCUCAGAUUCGGGUAUGUUUUGUUUUUAUUUUCAUUUCGGGAAGUACUGUAUCUAGUGGAACACUUGAAAGGAAUCGAAAUUGGGUCUCUUUCGGCUCAUUUAGAAUUCUACAAAGUUGCUAGGAGAAGAAAACGAGCGCUUUUCUAUGUGUGUGUGUGUUUUUUUUUUGGUGAUUUUGAGCUGCUCUCUGACUUGGUUGGAUGACUCGAAUGACGAAUACAUUUAUAUUUUAUAAAUAAAUAAACAAAAGAAGAAGAAUAAUGGGAUUUCUUGGAUUUGAGCUAGAAAAAAGGGAACUUUUUUGUAUGAGGGGAUAUGAAUCAUGAGAUGACUUAAAAGUGCAAGAAACGCCGAAUCGUGUCAAUAAUUAAUUUUGGGAAAAUUGUCAGCGUUGCACUUUUAAGUUAAAAUAAGUCUAGAGAUAUUUUUGGAUUACAAUAAUUAUAGGGUUAGGAUGACUAUGAGUGAUUUCAUGUCUGCCCUUUUUGGAGUCUGAUAUGACGAAAGUUGCACAAGACGUGGUCUAGCAAAACAUGUGUAGAUAUUAUAGACACAAUAGGUUUACUAUUUUAAUCAAAUCAAGACUUCCGGCUAACUUUUCUCAUUCUUUUUUUUUCCUUUUCCAACUUUUUUCACUUAUGUCUUUUUUCUUCUUUUUCUUCUCCUUCAGAAGUAGAAGAAGAAGACGUAGGGAGAAUCUCCGUGUUUAGUUUUACUUCCGAUCCAUUCGACGAAAAAGUGGAGAGCGUUAAGAAAAAGACGAAUUCUUCCUUCUUCUUCUUUUUCUACACAAAUUGUUGGUAAUAAGGAGAAGGGAAAAACGAGGAGAAAGAAGAGUGUGUGUACUUGGGGGAGCUACUACUGGAGGCUGCUGGUUGCUGCUGCUGCUGCUGAAAAAGCCUCGAAGCAAAUCGAUUUGCUGUUGGGGCACACAUAGGCCGAAAAGGGAGCGCAGAAGAAGAAGAAGAAGAAGAUUGAAUUGAAAAUGUGUGUGUAUGUAUGUGUGUGUUGGAAAAAAGGAGAGGAAAAGUAGUGUUUGUUUGAGGAGAGGCUGGAUGACAUAGAUUGGGGUGGGGUUGGGGUGGUAAAAUGGUGAUGGUGUUGCCUGGAGAAAGAAAUAAAGGGGGAUUAGGAAAUUGAAGGAGAUGGGGGGAGAGAAAAAAGAGAAUGAAUGAAUGAAUGAAUAAUGAUGAUGAUGAUGAGAAAGGUUGAUGAGGAGAAGAAAAAACGAAACAGCAAUUACUGUUGAGGAAUUAGUAGACAAAUAUCAGGACUAGAAAUUAAACGAAAUAGGGGAUCGGCUUUUUUUUCGAGAAAAAUUGCUUGAAAAAUUAUUUUUUAGGAAUCAAAUGAUUAAAAUUUUACAUCAGGGUGUAAAAAUAAUAGUCCGGCUUUCAAUUUUCACUUUUUAAUAAUUGAUUUGGAAUACCCGAGGAACUUUUAAAUUUUAGGGUAGUUUUUGAAAAUAGUAGAAAUCCAUUUUUUUCUUGUUAAGUGAUUACAAAACCUCCUGAGAUGAAUAAAAUUAGGAUUUUCUCGUUAUUUUCAGUAUUACUACUUGAUUAUUGUUUUCUAUCUAUGUUUCUAGGGAUUUUUAUGACUUAAAAACUCCAAGAAAAGCUCAAGAAAACAAAAAAAAAUUUCCGAAAAACAGAUGUCGUCAGAUUGUGUGUUUCUAUCUACAGUUCAGUGUUGGUGUUUGCAGAUAUUGCACACAGGCUAAAUUACAGUAUACUCUGAUUUAACAAGAAAAGUAUUUUUAUUUUUAACGCCCGUAAAACUCGUCCAAAAACCGGCCCAAUAUAAAUUGUUAUUUUUUCAGGAAGCCCGAAAAGCUGCAAAUGACACGACACUGGCAAGCGUUGCCUCAAAUUUGGAUCCAAUCGGACGUAUUCAAAUGAGGACAAGACGUACACUUAGGGGACAUUUAGCAAAGAUUUAUGCAAUGCACUGGGCUUCGGACAGUCGCAAUUUGGUAUCCGCCUCACAAGAUGGUAAAUUGAUUGUUUGGGACUCGUACACAACUAAUAAGGUUAGUUUUUCAUUGAUUUUUUCGAUUAUCAAAAAUUUAAUAAAAUUGUUAUAGGUACACGCAAUUCCAUUGAGAUCAUCUUGGGUGAUGACAUGCGCAUAUGCUCCAUCUGGUUCAUUUGUGGCGUGUGGAGGUCUUGACAACAUUUGCUCAAUUUAUUCGUUGAAAACGCGCGAAGGAAAUGUUCGGGUAUCGCGCGAAUUGCCCGGUCACACUGGUUAUUUGUCAUGUUGUCGAUUCUUGGAUGACAACCAGAUUGUUACAUCUUCCGGAGAUAUGACUUGGUUAGUUUUUCAUAUUUUUCAAAUUCAAAACCUGUCAAAAUUUACGAAGCUAGACCUUUUUUUGAACGCACUUUGUCUUUUUUCUAGCCAUCCUCUUUUUUUUUAUUCAUGUCGAAUUAAUUCGCCAUUGUCUGGCCAAAUUACGUCGUCUCUUUUUUUCGCCCCAUUUCUGUGUCUCUCGAUCUUUUACGCACCAAUUUCCGCCAAGUUUAAUUGAAAAAAAUGUGGCCGAAAAAACGAAGAAAGCGAGAUUCGAUUUGGGGGAGACAGUUGAGAGUUCAAAAAAAAGUGCAAUAAUCUUGAAAAAAUUGAACCAAAAAAUAUAUCUAUAUAAAGGCGCUUCAACACAAAUUCCUUGAAAAAUGAUUUUUUUUUCAAAAAUCAAUUUUUCCAGCGCACUUUGGGAUAUCGAAACUGGUCAACAAUGCACAGCUUUCACUGGACACACUGGAGAUGUUAUGUCAUUGUCUUUGUCACCCGAUUUCCGCACAUUUAUUUCUGGAGCCUGCGAUGCUUCAGCAAAACUUUGGGAUAUUCGCGAUGGAAUGUGCAAACAAACAUUCCCAGGACACGAAUCUGAUAUUAAUGCAGUUGCUGUAAGUUUUUUUUGCACUGAUAAUGUUGGGAUUUCUUUCAAAUUGAAAAUGUUUAUUUUUGUAGUUCUUCCCAUCUGGAAAUGCAUUUGCAACUGGUUCCGAUGAUGCCACAUGUAGAUUGUUCGAUAUUCGAGCUGAUCAAGAACUCGCUAUGUAUUCUCAUGAUAAUAUUAUUUGCGGUAAGUUAUUUUAUUGAUUUUUUUCGAGUUUUUCUAUUCAUCGAUUAUUUUUGUCAGGUAUCACAAGUGUGGCGUUCUCAAAAUCGGGUCGUUUGUUGUUCGCCGGAUAUGACGAUUUCAAUUGUAAUGUUUGGGAUUCAAUGAGACAAGAACGAGCUGGUAUGUUAUUUUUUAAAGGGGAAUGGGGCAUAUAAGGAUACCAAAAAACAAGAAGUCUCUUGAAAUUGGGAUAUAAAAGUAUUUAUACCCUAAUUUAAAAAAGUCCGGAUUUUUCUAAUUGAAAAAAUAGCAUUUAUCGUUGUGUUCAGCGUUCUGAAUUACUAGGAGAUGUUCAGUUUUCAAAAAAAAAUUGAUUUUCCCUUAUUUUCUGAAAAAAAGAAAGCUCCAACUAUGUUUUUUUUCAAAUCUCUAUUUCUAUUUUUUCAGGUGUUCUUGCUGGCCACGACAAUCGUGUAUCAUGCCUCGGAGUUACCGAAGAUGGAAUGGCUGUGUGUACUGGAUCAUGGGAUUCUUUCCUCAAGAUCUGGAAUUAG